AUGCUGGAACAGGGGGAAGGAAUUGGGCCGGACACAGCAGGGCGGGUGAGAACAGGAGGAGGGGUAGCAGGGAGGGUGAGAACAGCAGGAGGGGUAGCAGCAGGAGCCGAGGUGCAAGGGAUGGAUGUGGAGGGGGGGAGUUGUCUUGCUGCUACAGGUGCUGCCAAUGCUUCAGCCACUGCUAAUGCUACAGCCGCUGCCAACUCUACAGCCAAUGCUACAGCCUCUGCCAAUGCUGCUGAAGCUGCAGGUGUUACCGACGCUGGGAUGAGGAACGGGAGGGGCACCGGAGCGGUGGAGAGUGGUUGGGAGGUCAUGGCGCUCGUUCUGCCUCGGCUCUUUGACGUUCUGGCAUCUGAAAUAGCUCGGGCGAGAGAGGCGGUUGAGGGAGUGGGGACGGAUACAGCGGGGUUGGAGUGGGUAGGGGUGAACCCAGCGCACGUUCAGGUCGUUGGGGGCUUGGUUCGUCUUGGUGCUGCUAGUGGCAAUGGUGAUGCUGUUGGUGGUUGUGCUGCGGGCGCUGCUGCUGCUGCUGCUGCUGCUGCUGCUGCUGCUGCUGCUGCUGCUUGUGCUAAUGUGGCAGGGGCUCCUAUUGCUGCUGCUGUUGUGGCUGUUAACGGGCAGCAAGCAGCACAGGCAGACAAGGGGAGCUCUGGAGCAUGUCUUGAGAAUGCUCGUGCUGCACAGGGAACAGGUUUUGAUGCACCUCAAAGGCAGGAAUCAAGGCUAGCUGCGUUGGGAGGAGCACAGGCUCUGCUGCUGCACUGCUGCCAGCAGUGCGUCCUACUCAGCAUCGCGCUCGCUGAGCUGUCGGAUAAGGCUGCUGAUGUUGUCAGGUGGGAUGCUGAUGUGGCAGGAAAUAACUGCGAUGGUAAUGAUGACGAUGAAAAUGGGGAGGAGGAGAAAGAGGAGGAAGAGGAUCUUCAUAGUGAUGUAUCUGGAUGGGAAGCUUCUUGGAAGGAGUGUGUGGGAAGCAGCUUGGGCACAGCAGCAGAGGGAGUUGGUGAUUUUCUGUCAGGGAGAGGGUGUUACAGCAUGGGAGGGGGGUGGGUUGGUGUAUGUGGUGCCUUGGCAGCAGCAGCUGAGAUGCUGAGAGGAAUUGUGGAGUGA